GAGAGAAGAAGCGGUAUGGCUGAGCUCUUCACCGAGGAGGAAUUUCAGCAGGCCUGGACUGAGCUGGACCAUCCUCAGCUACAGGAGGGAUGGGAACUCUUCACCGAUACCAUGGGAGUGACAUUAUACCGCCGAUAUGAUCAGGCAACGUCUCUGUACGAGUAUAAAGUGUAUGGCACGCUUUCCAACUGCCCUCCAGAGGUGUGUGCAGAUGUUUACAUGGAUCUGGCCUACAGAAAGCAGUGGGACACUUAUGUCAAAGAGCUGCAUGAGAAGGACUAUGAUAGACAGAAAGCCAUUUACUGGGAGGUGAAAUAUCCUUUUCCUCUGUCCAACAGAGACUACGUGUAUGUGCGGGAGCGCAGGAAACUGCAGGUAAACGGGAGGAAGAUCUGGGUGGUGCUCGCCAAGAGUUCGUCUGUGUCCCAGUGCCCCGAAAAAUCAGGAAUCAUCAGAGUAUCUGACUAUAAACAAAGUCUCGCCAUAGAGAGUGAUGGAGACAAGGGUACUAAAGUCUUCAUGACCUAUUUCGACAAUCCUGGAGGGAACAUCCCGACGUGGCUCGUCAACUGGGCAGCCAAGACUGGAGUUCCAGCCUUUCUGAAGGACAUGCAGAACGCCUGUGACAAGUACGCUAACUACUGCAAGAACAGGAAAUGACAUCUCUGUCUCUCUCUCUCUCGCCGUCUUUCUCUUUCUUCUCUUGGACUUUGACACUUCUGUUUUCUUCUGUGUUAAAGGGAUAGUCUGGCCUGCUAAUGCUAACGGGGCAAACGAAUGAAUCAAUGCUAGCUUUUGUCUUAGCCCUAUUGGUGUUGCUGGUCCAAGACUAUCCCUUUAAAGAAUGUUU